AUGUCGAAAUACCUCAGAGCGGACAGCAUUACCAAUUACUUCUUCGGCGGCGCCGAGACUGCCAGAGAUGAGGAAGAGAGGAAUGCUACGCGGGCUUUGCCUGCGAACUGGUACACGUCACCAGAGAUGUACGCGCUGGAGAGAAGGGCCAUCUUCUCUCGCAAGUGGCAGCUCAUUACCCAUUCCAUGAGGUUCAAGCAGCCUGGAGACUGGCUCAAGUUUUCUAUCGCUGGCUACGAGUUCGUCAUCUGCAAAGACCGAAGCGGGUCCAUCAAUGCCUUCCACAACGCAUGUCGACACCGCGCGUUCCCUGUCGUCACGGACGAGAAGGGUACUUCGAAGAUCUUCUCUUGCAAAUACCAUGGCUGGUCCUAUGGUCUUAAUGGCAAGCUCGCCAAAGCCCCUGGCUACCAAGAGCUUGAAGGUUUCGACAAAGAGAAGAACAGUCUCCUCCCGAUCCACGUCCACGUCGAUUACAAUGGCUUUAUCUGGAUAAACAUGGACGCAAAUCCAACGCCCGAAGUCGCCUGGGAGGACGACUUCCAGGGCAUUGAUCGACAGGAACGAUACAAGCAGUUCAACUUUGAAGAUUACGAAUUUGACCAUUACUGGGACAUGACGGGCAACUACAACUGGAAGAUACUUGCCGACAACUACAACGAGUGCUACCACUGUGCCACAUCACAUCCCGACAUCGGUGCCCUUGCCAACCUCCAGACAUAUUCGGUUCAGACCAAGGAAGGACAGAUCAUCCACGAUCCCGCGACAACAGAAGAGCAGAGGAAGGCAGGUCUCGUCGUCGCAAGCACUUAUUACUUUCCUAAUGUCUCGACCAACAUCACGUAAGCUGUUCAUGCCUCGCCUCCCCUCACCAUUACAACACCGCUGAACUUGCCACACAGACCCCACUUCUUCAUGAUCCAACGAUUUGUCCCUGACGGGCCGGGGAAAUCCUCCAUGCAGUACCAGGUCUUUCGCAACAAGAGCUCUUCCGACAAGGACUUCGAUCUCGUGAACCAAAUCUACAAGCGCAUCAUGUCUGAGGAUAAGUACCUCUGCGACUUGGCCCAGAAGAACUUGAACGCUGGAGUGUUCAUCAACGGCGAGUUGCAUCCUCGCCUGGAGAAAGGCCCGCUCUACUUCCAAAAAGUGGUCCGGGAAACAGUCAUGGGCCACUAUCAUCGAGAACAAGCACUGAAACAGGAGAUUUGGCCGGCACGACCAGCCUUGCCACCGACCAACAACGCAAGAAUCAGCCAGAAGGAUAUUGACUUCUGCUCUGCGUUGCCAUGUCCUGCGCAAAGGGAAGAAUUGGUAUGGUAA